AUGCGUUCUGGACCACCAAACAACUCUCAACAUACUUUAUUGACUAGAGCCCAAUUAGAAGAACAGCAACAAGCUUUAUUACUUAGAGAAUUGGGAUUAAAUUGGCCAGUGCAAUCUUUACUACAAAGUACUAGUCGUGGAAAUUUCCAACAGCAACAGUCAGAUUUUGUUAAACAAUUUUUAAAGCCACAAGUCCCACAAACUUCUUUAACAAAUAUUCAGCAACAACAGCGUGAAUUAACACCAAAAAGACCGUCCUUAAUUCAAGAUUUUGGAAGUAAUAUGCCACAAAAUUCUCGUUAUUCUUUAAUUCAACCUCAUCUUCAACAAGCACAAAUUCAAUCUAACAAACUUGGAGUUUCUCCAUCUUCUGAUACUUCGUAUUUGACAGAAGAAGAAGAAAAAUAUAAACGUUUUUUAUUUGAUAAGCUUGAAAAAAUUGAUAAAGAAAAGACCCAGUCAGCUGCAAUGCAGAAAAAUGCUGAAAAAAAGGCAAAGGCUUGUGAAAAAUUGUUGGCUAAAGCUUCUCAAGAACCUUCUUUUAUGGCUGCAAUGGAUAAUGAUGAGAAUGAUGACAAUUAUGAAAGUCGAGAUGGGCAGUCUUCUACUGAUGCUCUUAUUAAUCGAAUUUAUGCUGAAAAUAGAAGAAAGGCGGCAGCGGCGAAUCCAAUUCCUCCAUUAAUUUCUGCAGAAGAAAAUCGUCAAUUAAUGAAAGAGGACACAAUUCGUUUAAAAGAGGAAUAUGAACGGGGACUUCAACUUUUGCCUGAUUUAAUUAAAGCAAUGCGAAUUCGAAGAGAAGAACGUCAAGAUAUUGUGGAACAGAAAAAGAUAGUUUACGAGGAACAAUUGACUAUUUGGGAGAAGAAAGUGAAUGCCCAUGAAAAAAAUAAAAAGAAAUUGGUUAGGGACGCUAAACAUCGUGAGAUUUUCGAAAAAACGUUUGUUGAACUUCGAAAAAUGCGUGAAGAAAAGGAGCGAAGUAAUCGCGGAGUUGAACGUAUUCGAUUUUCUUUGACUCAAGGAGGAAUUGCAAAUAUCCCCCCAUUAACUUCUUCAUUGUUCGCUGAAACACAAGAUGUCUCACAAAUGGGGGAAGAGAAAAUGGAGAUUGAUCAAGAUGAAGAUAAACAAGAAACAUGUAGCAAUAAACCUUCAGAAAUUGAUGAAAAAGUGGUUGCUAGUUGUGUUGUGCCUCCAGUCUAUACAAAUCGUCCAAGACGAUUUUUUGACAACAGGAAUGGAAUUGUUGAAAAUGCACUUACUGACUCUCGUGCCCAAUUAGAAGCUUUUCAAAUUGCUUGGUCAGAUUCUGAAAAGGCUGUUUUUAAUGAAAAGAUUGCUGUUUAUGGGAAAAAUUUUGCCGCAAUAUCAGCAUUUUUGCCACUAAAAAGUGUAAAAGACUGCGUUUAUUUUUAUUAUAUGACUAAAAAACGAAAUAAUUAUAAAGCAAAAUUUGGUAGAAGGCGAAAGAAAUUGGGAAGACAAGGGUUGGAAUUUUAA